UAGCAAAGUAUAACUAUGUGGCCAUGUGUGCAGGUAUUUGCUUUGAGAGAUGCAGGGGAUUUAGCAGAGAAUGCAACGGCUUAUGUGAGUUUGGAGCCCUGCAACCACUACGGGAGGACCCCUCCCUGCUCUGAAGCACUAAUCAAAGCCAAAGUUAAGGAGGUUGUGGUGGGGAUGACUGAUCCAAAUCCUAUUGUAGCAUCCAAAGGGAUUGAAAAACUCAGAAAUGCCGGGAUAGAUGUGAGGGUUGGUGUGGAGGAAGCAUUAUGCCUCAGAUUGAAUGAGGCUUACAUUCAUCGCAUGCUUACUGGGAAGGCCUUUGCAACUUUGAGAGCUACACUCUCGAUGAAUGGAAUUGUCAUAAACCAAAUUGGGAGCGGAACUGAUCAACCAGGAGGAUACUACUCACAGUUAGCGAAAGAAUACGACGGGGUUAUAAUUUCAAGCGACAUGGCCAAGGCGACUGCCUUACCAAUGUCACGCGAGGCUGGCGCCAAGCAGCCUCUUUACAUCAUCAUAGCGCAGGGAGAAGGUUCCAAAUUGGACAUCCCAUUUCUUGACGAAGAGUCUGCAUCUAACGCCAUAGUCCUUGCCGAUAGUCCCGUCACCGUGGAGCCAGCGGGAGUCAGCGUCUCAGUCCUCGAUCAGAUGAACCUAGAGUCCAUCCUUCAACUUCUCGCUGAUCGAGGGUUAUGCAGCGUGCUGGUGGAUUUCAGAGAUGCCGGAGGCGUCCUGGCGUCGCUGCUGAGCAAGUUUCAGGAGGACAAGCUGGUGCAGAAGGUUGUCUUGGAGCUCUCUCCUGUCUGGAUGGUGAGCCCUGGGCAGAGUGACCUGGCGUUUGGUGGCAGCCAGUCGUUUGCACUCAAGAACGUGGAGCACAAGGAGCGCGACCAGCACGAGCACCUGCGCCCGGACGGCACGGAGCCGCUGGCGCGCAUCGCCGUGGACUACACCCCGGACGCCUGCCGCCACGCGCCGGAGUCCGGCGAGAUCCACGUCACCUACGACGACCGCGGCGGCGCGCGCUGGCGGUCCCGUAGCCGCUUCCUCCCGGGCGGCGCCGUGGCAGCCGCCGUCCGCGCCCCGGCCGGCGACACCGCGGGACUCAACUACAACCUAUACCUCUCCUCCCUGGAGGGCUCCGGCGACAUGGACGAGAUCGACUUCGAGUUCCUCGGCAACGACAAGCGCGCCGUGCAGACCAACUUCUUCGUCGCCGGCAGCGGCGGCAGGGAGGCCGUCCACGAGCUCCCCUUCGACUCCUCCGACGGGUUCCACCACUACGCCGUCGCCUGGGACGCCGAGGCCAUCGAGUGGCGCGUCGACGGGGAGGUGCUCCGGAGGGAGGAGCGGCGCGACGGGGAGGAGCCCUGGCCGGAGAAGCCCAUGUUCCUGUACGCCUCCUUCUGGGACGCGAGCGGCGUCGACGAGGGGCGGUGGACCGGCACGUACCACGGCCGCGACGCGCCCUACGUCUGCAGCUACAGAGAUGUCAGGGUGCCCGUUGCGCUCUCAACAGAAGAGGAGGAAGAAGAAUGUCAGGAUGAUGCGGACGCCGGAGAUGAGGCUGAUGCUGCCGGCGCCGCGGAGGAGGAGAUGGAUGCCGGAGAUGGUGAAGAUUAGAUCUCGGCGUUGUUCUUCCGUCUAUGAUCGUGCCACGAGCCAUGUGGAUUUACAUAUCUUGGUCACGAGUGUGGUUUGGGUGUGUUGCAAUAAAUGAUUCAUGAAUUAUUU